AUACUUGGUCUACAGACAGGGAAUACAUGUGAAUUCAGGGACCCCCUGUGACCAUUCCAGAGUCCUCUAGGGUCUGUGAUUCCCAAGUUGGGAAACAGUGGAUUGAGUAAGAAGGGCAAGAAGCAUGCACAUAGCUAACCCGGGAGUUGAAUCCACAGCCAUUUCUCAUUAGUCUACGCCAGGAAUGUGUUGGUGGGUGGUUUAAUGAAAAAUAGGAGAUGCAGAGCACAGGCCUUGGUCAUGAAGUUGGCUGGGAUAUUAGAAAUCUACAUAGGGGGGUGGUAGCAGGCCCAGGAAGGCAAGAUGCAUGGCAAGGUGGGCAGAAGACACACUUAAACUGCCUUGUAGGACUGGCUCUCCAAGGGCUUUUCCCACCAUGGAUCCAUUCCUGUGAUUCUCCCAACUUCACUGUUGGGGAAGCAGCCUCAGGGUCCAUCUUCCAGCCUUCUCAGAGGGGUCUCCCCAGCCACUCUUCUGAGGAGACAGAAAUGGGACCCAGAGGUCCUUCUUUGGGCCUCUCCAGGCUUCAGAGGAAGGACUGCAGAAAAGGGGCCCCAGGAGCAUCUUUAACUUUGUUCCUCUUUCUUUAUCUGACCGACUCCUUGGCAGUGACAUUUAUCAGAUGGAGAAAGACAUCGCUAUAGAGCAGGAGAGGAAUGCUCGCUACCGACCUCCCAAAAUCUUGGAGCCCACAGCCUACCAGGAACCCCCACCCAAGCCCAGCCGGCCCAAGUAUAGACCCCCUCCACAAACCAACCUUCUGGCUCCCAAGCUGCAGUUCCAGGUCCCUGAGGGUCUGUGUGCCAGCUCACCUACGCUCACCAGCCCUAUGGAGUAUCCAUCUCCUGUAAACUCACUGCACACCCCACCUCUCCACCGGCACAAUGUCUUCAAGCGCCACAGCAUGCGGGAGGAGGACUUCAUCCGACCCAGCAGCCGAGAAGAGGCCCAGCAGCUAUGGGAGGCCGAGAGGCUCAAGAUGCGACAGAUUCUGGACAAGCAGCAGAAGCAGAUGGUGGAAGAUUAUCAGUGGCUGAGGCAGGAGGAGAAAUCCUUGGACCCCAUGGUGUACAUGAAUGACAAGUCCCCGCUGACCCCGGAGAAGGAGGCCGGCUACACGGAGUUCACGGGCCCCCCGCAGAAGCCACCACGGCUGGGCGCGCAGGUAUGUGUUGGCGGUGCUGAAGCUGGUAAUGAGUUUGAAUCAGAGCUAUACAAGACACAAGGCCAUGAGCUGUGAAGGCUUCAGAGGCCCUCAGAAGGAAUCCAGUCGUGCAUCCUCAUUGUAGAGCUGAGGCUCAGAGAGAAGUACCUUGUUUAAGGCCACAUAGUGAAUUCGUGAAAAAGCAAGGGGAAACCCAGUCUCCUCAUCUCCUGUGCCCCCCUCCCUGACCUGGAAGAAAGCUCAUUGACCCAGCCCUAGGAGCAGGAAGUGUGGACCCCCUUCCUCUCUCAAGCUGUCCCCUCGGCUUCCUGCACCCACACUGUUCUCCCAGUAGCCUGGGGCCAGGUGCUGGCUUUCCUCACUCUGGAACAGUGGCUAUGAGCCUUGGCCCCUGUUAGAACCAUCCGAGGAGCUUGGAAAACCACCCGGCCCCCAAACCCAGGCCGAUUCUCAUCUGAGAACCACUGCCCUGAAAGCAGAAAGGGGGGAUGCACCCCCCCAAGGACAGGGCACCAUUAUUCCGGAGAAGAGUCUUUUCAAAUUGGGCUAGAGGCUGUGUUGGCACAAUAGUGCCUGCCCAAGAAAGAAUCACAGUGUCCCCCAGACUCACAACCCUCCCCUCUA